AUUGCUGGUUUUUGUUUUCUCAGCUAGGGAUUCAUUCUAUUUGGUGUCACUAUGAUUUUUGGUCUAAGGGCAAUCUAGAUUGGGGUUUUCUUAUGAAAUCUCUUGGUGGUUUCCAUUUUUAUCAUCGAUAAUUGGAGCCAUGUAAGCAUUUCUUUGGUUUUUUCAUGUUCGCUCUAGGGGCAUCAUGGUGCAUGGCAAUAUCGACUAUAAUUAAGACUAAUGGCUUGGUUUGGAUCGUCCAUUAUAUUGUUUAUGUUUUACUGGUUUUUUUUUGUAAUGCAAUGAGAUAAUGAUUUUUCAUCAUAUUAUUAUAUAUGGUGUUGUUGACCUACUUCCGGCCAUUGCCGCAUUCAUGUUAACGGGUAAUAUCAGUUAGAAUCUAAGAGCUAAUUUUCGUGACUACGCCCGACCAAGGGCCGGGUAAUAAGCUAGUAAUUAAAUAUUGAUGGAUCCGUCUACCACUCUUCAUAUUCGAUCUCUAUCAUCUAUAUUAUCAAAGGGGAGAACGGCCAAUUUAUCAAAGUCUUCGAGUUCAAUGUUAACCUAUAAGUCUAAACCAUCAUUAAGUUGGAUUGACAUGUAUCUUAGAUGGUUUUAAUCUGAUCUAUGAGUUGGAAUUCAAGAAAACAGGUCUAUGAACUUGUAUGCCAUGAUGGACGAUCCAAGACAUAUUCAGUAAAUAAGUCACUUUCAUUCACUCUACAUUUAUGUCACAACCAUUCUGCAAAAGCUCUCUAUCCAAUGAAUUUCUUUGGUCUAAUGGUCUAUUUUUAUGGAGAUAUCUCGAUCACGACAAUUCCUUAGAAUUAGAGGUUACUAAUUCUCCCAACUUCAAUUUAGUUUCUUGACUAACGUAUGUCGCUUUUGCUUAACUUCAAGAUUGGUUACUAGUACAAUUUCUUUUUUGUGGGUGUUGAAAAGAGAACUAAAAGGAAAACCGGCUUGACAAAUGAGAUGAUGAAUGAUAUUGGUCGGAGUAGAGUAGGUGAAGAACAUCAAUGGCAAAAUUGAUAAGCCAUAGAGUGGGAGGUGAAAGUGAUGGAGGGGAGGGGGCACUGUUCUGAUAAAAAGUCAGGCACCGCCCAAGCACGUUGCUUUGUUUUCCCACCGAGAUCUCAAAUGGAAAUUUUUACAUUUCGAAACUAAAUAGAAAUGUGAAUUUAAUUCUCAAUGUAACAAAAUAACGAAAAUAUUUUUGUUAUCGAAAAAGGAUUCACAAGACUAUCAUAAGUAUUGUUUAUGAAAACAUAGUAUGAGUAGUUAAAAUUAAAUAAUUGAACGAGUUUAUUAUGACUAGAUGUUUUCGUUCAUUAUUCACUAAUCUAGUGAUCUACCAGUAAGCUUGAAAAUUCUUCCUCUUUUUGCCACAAGAUUUGAGGUCAAGAGAUGACUUCCUUUCUUCAUACUCUAUCUGGUUGUUUGGAUGAGAAUUCUAAUGGAUCAAUCUAACACAAUUGUCUCGUUUUGAGUCAAUUGUGUUAGAUUGAUCCGUUUGGCAGCAAAAAAUUUGGAUGAAGCAAUUUGGCUGGGAAAUUCUGAAAUGACUCAUUUUGAGCCAAUUACAAUUGUCUGGGGUGGGGGCAGGUAAUCUGAAUUGACUCGUUUUGUAAAAUGAAACAAUUGAUCAAAUUGUCUCAUUUUACAAUUGAUCCAUCCAAAUAUAAUUAUUUGCAUCAUGGGCGAUUGUUGAGGACUCCGUGAACUUCAUUUUUGCUCAUGUAUCGCUCUGGAGAUAGGGUGGGGGUUGAAACUUGAAACACUUAAACUAAAACUGAAGGUACAGUCACAAGUCACAACAAGACAAUGAAGUGGUAUUGAACAGGAUAAGAAGUUUUAUACGUGAAAGUGAAAUGUUUAUGUGUUUGAUUGAUUACAACAAACAAUUGUUACAUCUGCAUUUUUGGCAGAAUUGCCUGAUGUCAGUAGGAUCAGUCCAUAGCAUCAAACAGAAUGAUCUCUUGCUGACCACUGUACAUACACAGCGUCGGUCAUGUGUCGGUCGGUACACAUUUGAUUCUGGUAGUGCGAAAUGCGAAUGGUUUCAAACUAAAUGUUCUAUUUUUUAAAAAAUAUUGAUUAUUUUAAUUGUUCUAUUUAUUUAAUACGAUAAAUAAUUUAUAAUUCUAAAUUAACCCAAAUAUUUUUAAUGAUUAUUUAUUAGAUGGUUAUGCAUGAAGUGUCAAGUAAAUUUUUAAAAAUGUCAAAAUAGGAAGAAAUUAUAAAGGAUGUUUUUUUUUAGUAAAACCUUAAGUUUUUUUUAACAUAGUCAUUCAUAAAAGUACAACCAACAGAGUCAUUACACGGAACAUAACCAAACCCGGAAGUCGGCCAAUAGUCGAACUUCCGAUCAGAGGGCUUUUGUGCCGUAAAACCACAUGUUCAUUGGUAUUCAGUAUUCACUAGUUUAGUGUCCAUCUGGUUGGGUGGAAUGUCAUUUGAAUAUAAUAUAUUAACGAUGUGUAUACUAAAGUUUAGAUCCUUAUACCCUUGCAGCUUAUGCCUCUUAGGCCUAAUAGAUUCCCAUAUGACUUUAGCAUAAAAAUAUUCAAGUACUUUGCCUUCCCAUGUAACACCAAUAUUGAAGGUGUGAAUUUGGUUGAAAGCAGUUAGAAAAAUUAUUGAUAUAUUUUUCUUGUGUAUCCAAUCAUCAAGAUCCAAAUAGAUAGAUAUAUUUUUCUUGUGUAUCCAAUCAUCAAGAUCCAAAUAGAUAGACACAUUUCGAUUCGACUCAAAUGAGUUUAUUCAAUUUAAAGUCAACAUAAAACCAUUAAAAAAAUGCACAUGAGUUCAUUCGAAUACAAACCAAAACCUUUAUAAACUAUAUCAAUGAACAAUUGAGUCAAAAAGUCUAUCCAUUGUGAUUCGUAGAGCAAACCAUAAUGAAUGCGAUAAGCUUAAGUAGCCAGUCUUAUGCAUUUCUAUCAUCCUCCUUUGAGACAACGUCAUUACGAACGGAUCAGUUCGUACAUACGUGGCGAUUCUUAUUGGAUGACGAACCUACUUGCGGAAGACAUUUGCAGUACACACACUUCAUGGAUGUGGGUGGCAAUGCAACCUUUGUUUCUUGCAAGAAUAUGCAUACAAAACACACGAGUUAAUGCAAUGAUAAUGUAGGAUCGAACAUGCAUCACACAUCUUGUAUUUGACAUGCGAAUUAACAUUAUAUGUAAAAGAAAAAUCGUCGUACUACCAAUAUUCUUCAUUAUCGAUGGACUAUAUUAUUUUCAGAUAAUUGUUUACCUCAAAUUUCGAACUCAACAUGUAGGGACGAAAACUAUUACGUCAUACUAAUUGAUAAUACUGCCACUAGGGCUGAAAAUUGCACUGUCUCAUCCCUGACCCGGUCUAACCCGUCCCUGAAGGGUCAAGAGGUAUAACUGACCCAUCCCUGUCUCCUUCUUGACCCUGUCUUACCUCAAGAGAUGGGACGGGUCGGGUCAGUGAGUCGACCUUAAUCUACAUACUACUUUUUUUACAAAUUACAUUUUGGGACCAAAAAUUAUUCUUUCUUACAAAUAGUACCUAAAAUUAAUUUUUUUACAAAUAAGUCCUUGAAUUUUGAUGGUAAAAUUACAUUUUGGUACCCAAAUUUUUUAUUUUUGCAAUUUAGUACUUAAAUAUUUAAAACUUUUACAAAGAGGUCCAAUGUGGUAUGAGAUAUUUGUUGUUGCUUAGAAUAACAGGGUCAAAAAGUGACCCGUCGUCCCUAAGUUGACCCUAGGGGUGGCUAUGCGGUCCGGUCCGGUUAAAUUGGCCCAAAUUGAUCCGGUCCAGUCCGGUCUUUUUGAAAAUAUAAGGACCGAAGAUUGGAUUGGAUACAGUCCGGUCUUGAUCCGGUCCGAUUUUGAUCCGGUCCGGUCCCAAUUCGGUCUUGAUUUUACAUUGAGAUUGUGGGAUUUGAGUGGCCUAAGGCCUUAAAGGGUGAGGAGUUGGUUAAGUUUUGUACUAAGUGCAAAGGUUUGUGACCGUUUAUGCAAAUUAUCCUUAAGUUUUGGGUGUUGAGCUCUCUUAUCCGGUCUUUAUCCGGUUUUUUACCUCAAAUCUAAGCCCAAAGAUUGGAUUGGAUUGUUUACUAUCCGGUCCCGGUCCGGUCUCGAUCCGGGUUAUACGGUCCGGUUUCCGGUUUUUAAUCCGGUCCCGAUCCAAAUAGCCACCCCUAAUUGACCCGACCCGUCUCGACCCUUAAAGGAUCAAUAACUUACUCGUCCCUAAACUGACCCUAUAGACAAAUUGACUCGUCCCGACCGUCAGGGACGACACGGGUCAAUAAGACUUUAGGGUCAAACUUACACCCCCUAACUGCCACAUAAUAAUGUCUGUGUUAAAAGUAAUAGUCUAGUGACUGAAUUGUUACUGUCCCAAAAGUUUAAUGACCAUAGUUGACCCCUCCGUUUGCCGCAUUCAUUCGACGGAAAACGAUCAGAUUGAUAUCUUUGGCGCGUACACGGCGGGGCCCGCCUCCUUCCCGCGCUCACUGCGUGAGUCCAAAAACCCAUUCGUCUACGUGCCUGUACAGCUGUCCACACGACAGCAAUCCAAUCCGCGAGAUCACCAAACCCCUUCCAUACACCCGCCCACACAGUAUCACUCCCCCCUCCUCCGCAGGCCACACCACACAGCCUUAUAAACCAGUCCUUUUCCCUCCCUCCUUCCUCCAAUUAAGUCACGCACUCUGCAAGCACAUACCCAAUUUCCCAGUCUGUGACGUAACAGUGAGAAAAAAAAUCCACGGCGGCGACGGAAAAUCGCGUCGACGGCGACAACGGAAGGCGUGCCGUGUGGUAUCGUCUAUAAGCACUUCUCGUUUCUUUUCCUCCCGGUUCCCUUCACGGCUUCACCAAAAAUUAGCAUUACUCCAACAAGCAAAGCAAGCGGAAAUUAGCGGGGGUAGCUUGUUUGAAAAUUAAGCACUGUUUGAAGGAAAACUGAAACCGUACGGUUUGGACCCUAGUUAUAAAAGCAGCAUUUGGUGUUUUCUGGCUGAGAGAAGUCGGAGGAGGAAGCAAAGAUGAACCGGAGGGAGAUUCUGGUUGCGGCGGCGUGUUUCGUCGUGGCGGUGGCUGCUGCGGCGACGACGGCUUUCGGAGCGAACGUGUCGUACGAUCACAGAGCUCUGGUCAUUGAUGGCAAGCGGCGGGUGUUGAUCUCUGGCUCCAUUCAUUACCCACGCAGUACACCUGACAUGUGGCCGGACCUUCUGCAGAAAUCCAAAGAUGGAGGCGUGGAUGUGAUCGAGACCUACGUUUUCUGGAGCGGACACGAGCCAGUCCAAAACCAGUAUAAUUUCGAAGGGAGGUACGAUCUUGUCCAAUUCAUCAAGUUAGCAGCAAAAGCUGGGCUCUACGUUCAUCUCCGCAUCGGUCCAUAUGUCUGCGCUGAAUGGAACUAUGGGGGAUUUCCUCUAUGGCUGCAUUUCAUUCCGGGAAUCCAGCUGCGUACUGAUAAUGAGCCAUACAAGGCUGAAAUGAAGCGAUUCACGGCUAAAAUUGUGGAUUUGAUGAAAAAGGAGAAGCUCUAUGCAUCUCAAGGAGGUCCAAUUAUAUUAUCGCAGAUUGAGAAUGAAUAUGGCAACGUUGAUUCUGCUUAUGGUCCCGCGGCUAAAACCUACAUCAACUGGGCAGCAAAAAUGGCCGUGUCUCUCAACACAGGAGUGCCAUGGGUCAUGUGCCAGCAAAAGGAUGCUCCUGAUCCCAUUAUCAACACCUGCAAUGGCUUCUACUGUGACCAAUUCACCCCAAACUCUAAUAACAAACCAAAAAUGUGGACUGAGAAUUGGAGUGGAUGGUUUCUUUCCUUCGGCGGUGCUGUGCCCUACAGACCCGUGGAGGACCUUGCAUUUGCCGUGGGGCGCUUCUUCCAGUUGGGUGGGACUUUCCAGAAUUAUUAUAUGUACCAUGGUGGGACUAACUUCGGCAGGACUUCUGGUGGACCAUUCAUCUCCACUAGUUAUGAUUACGAUGCCCCUCUGGACGAAUAUGGCCAACUCAGGCAACCAAAGUGGGGACACCUGAAAGAUCUGCACAAGGCCAUAAAGCUCUGUGAAGAUGCCUUGUUAGCAACUGACCCAGCUACAACUUCUCUGGGUUCAAACGUGGAGGCAACUACUUACAAAUCCGGUUCUGUUUGUGCUGCCUUUCUAGCAAAUACUGGUACAUCUGACAAGACUGUGACUUUCUCCGGCAAUUCGUAUAAGUUGCCUGCAUGGUCAGUCAGCAUCCUACCAGACUGCAAAACAGUAGCGUUUAAUACUGCAAAGAUAAACGCUGUCACAGUGGUUCCCAGUUUCAGUCGCGAAGCUAUCGAUGGUGACUCUGACUGGAGUUGGAUUGAUGAGCCAGUUGGUAUAACAAAGAAGGAUGCAUUUACGAAACCAGGACUUCAAGAUCAGAUAAACACCACUGCUGAUCAGAGUGACUACUUGUGGUACUCAUUAAGCAUUAAUAGUGAAGGUGGUGCUGGAUCCCUAAUUGAUGUGGAAUCACUUGGCCAUGUCCUUCAUACUUUUGUAAAUGGAAAGUUGUCUGGGAGUGCAACAGGCAAUAGUAACAAUGCUAAGGUUUCUGAAGACGUUCCAGUCACGCUUGUGGGUGGAAUGAACACUAUUGAUCUCUUGAGUGUGACAGUGGGACUUCAGAAUUAUGGAGCAUUUUUUGACCUGAAAGGUGCCGGAAUUACUGGCCCAGUAGUAUUGAAGCUGAAGAAUGGUUCCGCUAUUGAUCUCUCUUCACAGAAGUGGACAUAUCAGGUUGGACUCAAAGGAGAGGGAUUAGGCUUGUCUAGUGGAGAUUCUGCACAGUGGGUUUCUCAGUCGUCCUUACCUACAAUGAAACCUCUAGUAUGGUACAAGAGGAGUUUCAACACACCAGGUGGUGACGGCCCUCUAGCAAUCGACUUCACCGGGAUGGGUAAGGGUGAGGCUUGGGUAAAUGGACAAAGCAUUGGACGUUAUUGGCCCACUAAUAUAGCACCGAGUAGUGGUUGCACCGACUCUUGCGAUUACAGAGGAAGUUAUGGUGCAAACAAAUGCCUCAAGAACUGUGGGAAGCCUUCUCAGACAUUGUACCACGUGCCCCGUUCAUGGCUGAAAUCAACUGGAAACACUCUAGUACUGUUCGAGGAGAACGGUGGAGACCCAACAAAGAUAGCAUUUGCCACGCCCCAGGUUGGAAGCCUCUGCGCACAAGUAUCCGAGACUCAUCCAUCGCCGGUGCACAAAUGGAGUUCAUAUCUACGUGCACAAACUAAAUCUGGACCUGUGCUAUCUCUAUCUUGCCCACACCCAAACCAAGUGAUUUCCUCAAUCAAGUAUGCAAGCUAUGGCACCCCUCAGGGAACCUGCGGGAGCUUCAACAAUGGACAAUGCCACAGCCAGAAUACUUUAUCCAUUGUGCAAAAGGCCUGCGUCGGAUCAAAGAACUGCAGCAUCGAAGUAUCGAACAACACGUUUGGUGAACCUUGCGGCCUGGUUCGAAAGAGUUUGGCCGUGGAAGCUUCCUGUACAUAAUAAGAGAACUAGAUUGGUUCUGCUGAAAAGUAAUUCACUUAAUUACUUGUUCCCUAAGGAAGAAGUGCGCCAUUCAAUAAGCCUUCCGCCGCUGAUCUUCAUUAACUAGAGAUUAGCAGAAAGGAAAGGGCAUAGUUAUAGUCUCAAAU